ACAGGCGUGUACCACCAUGCCCUGCCCAAUCACCAAAUCUAAAGACUUGUUUGAGUCCAUGGUGAGUCCAGGGAAAGAUAACUACAGAAUGAAAAGUUAUAAGAAUAAAGCCCUAAAUCCUCAAGAGAUGCAUAGAAGAAGAGAAGAAGAAGGAAUACAGCUUCGAAAACAAAAAAGGGAAGAACAGUUGUUCAAACGAAGAAAUGUCUCUCUGCCCAGAAAUGAUGAUUCUAUGCUAGAAAGUCCUAUCCAGGAUCCAGAUACCAGUUCUACUGUACCCAUUCCAGAGGAAGAUGUUAUUACCAAAGAUAUGGUUCAGAUGAUUUUUUCUAAUAAUGCUGAACAACAACUAAUGGCAACACAGAAAUUUAGAAAACUCCUUUCUAAAGAACCUAAUCCACCAAUAGAUCAGGUAAUACAGAAACCAGGAGUUGUACAGAGAUUUGUGAAAUUUCUUGAAAGAAAUGAAAAUUGUACUUUACAAUUUGAAGCUGUGUGGGCAUUAACUAAUAUAGCAUCUGGAACUUUUCUGCAUACCAAGGUAGUGAUUGAAACUGGAGCAGUUCCAAUUUUUAUCAAACUUCUUGAUUCAAAACAUGAAGAUGUUCAAGAACAGGCUGUUUGGGCACUUGGUAAUAUUGCUGGGGACAAUGCAGAAUGCAGAGAUUUUGUUUUGAAUUGUGAAAUACUUCCGCCUCUUUUAGAAUUGUUAACAAAUUCAAACAGACUUACAACAACCAGAAAUGCUGUAUGGGCCCUUUCAAAUUUAUGUAGAGGCAAAAAUCCUCCUCCAAACUUUAGUAAGAUGUGGGAGACCUUUCUUGACAUUCUGCCUUCCUGCCAUGUGACCAAAAACACUCACAGAGGAACACAAAUCCAGCAUACCCAUUGUGCUGCUGUCCCGCCGCUGUCGGGGCUCCAGAAGGCAGGACAGGUUGUAGCUGAGGACAGAGAGGAACCUGUGAGCCCACGGAGAGCCUCACCUCAAGUCUCCCUACCAGGGCCUGCCCAGCAGCCCGAGUCCCGGUGCCCCAGCAGUCACCAUGCUGCAGGGUGUGUGGACGACGAUGGAGCUGUGGCCACGGGCUCUCUGCAGCUGCAGCCGUGGAAGGGACUAACUGGGCCUCAGCGACAGCACUCUCAGGGAGGAAGGUUUCAGUUAAACUCAAAGAAGCGGCUCAGGUCAGAUGACCGCACCCCCACACCCACAUCACAGGCGGGUCUAGAGCUGAUGGAGGAGAGGCAGAUGGCAGAUCUCCAGAGGAAAUGGCCAGUGCCCUCUCACACUUACCCUGGCCACCUGGAUCCAGUGCUCCAGCACGCUGGCCCUGUCUCUAGCCUUCAUGCUGGAGUCCCCGAGGAAGGAGGUGAUCACACAUUCGGCCACGAGAUUAAAAUGUGUGACGGUGGCCUGAACGGUGGGCUCCAGGUGUUCAUUGCCCGUUGUGUUUCUGUGGGUCCAAACGGAGCCCAGGCAUUCCCAGGGCACCACUUUCUUGAACAGCUCCUGUGGAGGAGGACAAUGUCACCUGGGCAGAACCCACCUCAGAGAGUCUAUGGCUUCAUCCGACAACAGGCAGGGGGCUGUGGCCUGAGUUGCAGAUCAGGAAGCUGUAGAUAUGGACAGAGACUUCUGCAAAUGGCUGAGGUUUGUCUACUGCCCAUGGGUGAUGGCCUUAGUCAUGACCCAGGACUUGGCACUGAUUCACUUCCCAGUGACCUGUCAGGCACAGAAGAGACAUCCCUGCAGUUCUGGGAAUCCGAGUGCCCAACCAAAAGCCACGGAAGCCUUCCAGACUGCUGCAUCCCUCACCUUCCGUUUCUGCCUUGCAGGGCUCUGGAUGCUCCCCGUGAGCAAGGCGAAGGAGCAAGGGAGGCUCCACGUCUGCUCCAGGCUAUUAUAGAUGCAAGUAUUUUUCCUGUUUUGAUUGAGAUUCUUCAGAAAGCAGAGUUUCGCACCAGAAAGGAAGCAACUUGGGCAAUAACUAAUGCAACCUCAGGAGGGACUUCAGAUCAAAUAAGGUAUUUGGUAGCCUUAGGCUGCAUUAAACCACUUUGUGAUCUUUUGACUGUUAUGGACUCCAAAAUAGUUCAAGUGGCUUUAAAUGGACUUGAAAAUAUAUUACGUCUUGGAAAACAAGAAUCUAAGCAGAAUGGAGUUGGCAUUAAUCCAUACUGUGCUCUCAUUGAGGAAGCAUAUGGUCUGGAUAAAAUUGAGUUUCUGCAAAGCCAUGAAAAUCAGGAAAUUUACCAAAAGGCUUUUGAUCUGAUUGAACAUUAUUUUGGUGUUGAAGAAGAUGACCCCAGCAUUGUACCUCAGGUGGAUGAAAGCCAACAGCAAUUUGUAUUUCAUCAGCAGGAAGCACCAAUGGAAGGCUUCAGCUUUAAUUUGGGAGCAAAGAAAGAUGCCAUUAUUGGUUAACUUUUCAUCUACUUUAUAAAACCAACAAACUAGAUAAAAUGGAACCAUUGAAAAUACUUAAACCAGGCAGAAAAGAGUUAAAAGACCAAAAGAGAAGGGAAGAAGGAACAAAUAACAAGAUGGUGGAUCAAUAUUCAACUGCUUCAGCAAUCACACUGAUAUGAGAUGGUUUCUCACUGGGGUUUUGAUUCUCACUUUGGUGAAGGCUAAUGACACUGAGCCCAGUCCUUGAGUAUACAUCUAACAGGCCAUGGAAAAGAAUCACACCAGAGGGACACCUGCAUUCCCAUGUUUAGUACAGCACUGAUUGCAGUAGCUGGGGUGUGGAAUUGGCACUUUGCAGGCUGCAUUACCCUGGAGGUGAUUUUGAUCACUUACUAAACCUCUCCCUUGGUGGAUUUAGGACCACCACGCCAGUGACCUCUCCAGUCCCAAUCCCAGGCUGCAGCACUGCCCUGGCCCAGCGGACGCGCCACAGAAAGAAGGCUGCGUGGCUGAAUUUUCUUCCGAGACACCUCCGGCCGCCCUUCUUUUUGGAUUGGAGCAACUAGGGCUGCACCAGGGUGCAGGCGACUCCUCUGCCUUCCGCUGGGCUCGAGCGCCCCCGCGCCCCUCCCCAGGGCUCUCCAGAGACAGAACCGGGCGACGGUGGCGGUGCCCAAGGAGUCUGGUUUUCCGCCCAACUUCCUCAAUCUCGUAUGAGCUUAGCUGCCCACUGUCCAGUUGAGGGCUUCACACUGAAGUGCGCAGGGAAAGAGGGGUGGUAAAUUCCUUAUGGUGACAGAGCUAGCGAACACAGCGGAGUAGCGCGGUGCCUCCCGCGCCCUGGGACCCCACGUCCGCUCUCGCUGCACCCAGAGCUCCCCGCACCGGCCCUGCAGCCCUGCCCCACUCCACUCCCGCCCGACUCACGGGACCCGCGCCGGAAUCUCUUCCACGGACUUGAAUCGCCCGGUCCACAGCAGGAUUCUCU